AUUACCCUUCUAUAACCAGACCAGACCCCAUUCCCCCUCCCCCUCCCCCUCCCCCUCCCCGUAGAAAUUCAAACGAAGUUCCAAUUUCGUCUAUCGGGGACGCCGCGUUUGGAAAGAGAAAGCGAAGGUGAAACGAAGAGAAAAUGCUACCUCCGCUAUGGGCUUCCCCAUGUGGAAAUCAAUGCACUCACAAAUACGCUACUCUCAUGCAAAUUCCUUGGAGAGUGUUUUGCAAAAAAGGGUGUGAUGCGGAUGGAGAGACAUGGGAGGAAUGUUUGUCAGAGUGCGAAGAGAUAUGCUAUAAGGAUCCUGUAUUAAAGGACCAGAAAUGGAGUGCUUACAUUGACCGUUCUCCUGGGGCUGCCAAUUACUCUGAGGAAUGCUUCCAUGCUUGUGUAGCUGGCUGUGGUUUUAAGUUUGAAAUGUGUCAAGAGAAAGUUGAUCAAGUCCGACCAAACAGACCAUUGCCACCCAAGCCUCCUCCUGUAGAGAAGCCACCAAAACCACCUGUCACUAAUCCCGAUGAACCUGCUGAAGAUGUACCAAGUACUUCAGCAUAGCAAGAGGUGAAACAUCAACAUAUGAUUAAAAGUAUACCUCAAUAGUAUUGUUAGCUGACUAGUCCGGAUUCUGCAAGGAGAUCCAUUUAUGUUGCUCACAUGCUACUAUUGAUUGACAUCUUGGGGCUGUUUUGGUGAAGAAGCAUAAUUUUUUGCUUCUAUAAUUUGCCCCUUGUCACCUUAGUUAACCUUCAAAUCAAUGUGCAAUUGUUCUGGAUCUCCACUAACUGAGAUGUAAGUGCAAUAUAUCCUUCCAAUUUUGUUUACAACACAUGGAAGCUUGCUGAGAUUUGAUAUAUUGAGAAAUCUCCAUAUUCUGAAUGAAGCUUUAGACUGUUUGCUCUGUAAUUUUUGAUAGGAAACAAUAUGAGCCAAUCGAGUUCAUUGCA